UUAUGACAUCACUAAUCGAUAAAAAAUCUAAAUAAAAUAGAAACAAUAAUUUUAAACAGUCUUUUCAAUGAGCUUGAUACCUUCUAAUUCAAGUUUUUCCAUGAUAGGGUUGUUAACCUUAGCAGAGUAUGGUGCAACAACACCAGUGUCAUUGAUGACACCAUCAAGUACAAGUUGUACUGCAAUACCACAUGGUACACCAACCAAUUUAGCCAUUGAGGUGUAUCCGUUUGGUACACCAUAAUCUAAUAAUGUUGAUGUACGUGUUUCCUUGCUACCGUCCUUCCAAACGAUACCGAACUUGUGUUGAAGCAUAACCAUAUCUCUUUCACCUUGACCGUAUUGCAUCUUUUGUUCUAAAGUUGCGCAAAGUGUGUCGAGGAGGUUACCACGAGGAAUUGUAGCCUCCUUACCGAAGAGACCAAUCCAACGUAAACCAGAAAUGAUACGUUCUUUUUCAGAUUCUGAUGGGAAUCCAACUCUUUCAAUAACUGCUUUAACAAGGGAUUCUUCUGAUGAGUCAACACCCAAUGCCUUAGCAGUAACUUCAUUCCAUGGUGCUGAUUGACCAACCUUUACGAAGUCCUUUGGUGAAUCAUCCAAGAAACCAAGUUUAACGAGUGCGUUAAUAAAUUCUGGGAAACCUUGGUAUCUUAAUGUACCUCUAACAAGGUUUUGACAUUCAGGGAUGUCAUAGAAUUCUCUGAAUGGUGUUGAAUCACGGUUUGGAUAAGCAACGAAAGCAAAUGCAGGUGAAAUGUAGUAUGGUUGAGCAGUUGCCAUUAAUUCAGGUCCUGCAACUUCCUUUGCAACACCAUUGUUGUAGAAUUUGGCAGUGUUUCUCAAAGCUAACAAAACACCUCUAGAUGACCAGCUGAAUUUGUAACCGAGUGGGUUAUCAGCUGACUCUGGUGCUGGUAAACCACCACAGUAUGACAAGAAGGUGUCAAUUUUACCACCCUUUUCGUGAACUUCAUCAAAUACCUUAACAGCGUAAAGGUGAUCAAUACCUGGGUCUAAGCCAAUUUCGUUCAUAACGGUGAUACCUGCAUUCUUUGCUUCUUGCUCUAAUUCUUUAAUGGCAGGGCUGACGUAUGAAGUGGUAACGACGUGAGUCUUUCCUUUGAUAGCAGAUUUAAUAACGUUUGCGUGGAAAGUGUAUGGAAUGAGUGAAACAACGACGUCGUGUUCAGCGACGAGAGCAUCGAGUGACUUUUCAUCUGAAACAUCAAUUGAAGUUGCAGUGGCUCUGUCCAAGCCCAUAGCCAUUUGUUGAGCAGUUGCGAGAGUACGGCAGCCAAUAGUGAGGUGGUUACGUGGGUCACGGAGGAUGUAUUCAGCUGCUGGAAGAGCAACGAAACCACUACCCAAAAGAAGGACCUUCUUAGAUUCACCUUGAGCCUUUGCAACGUUUGGAGCGACGAAACGACCCUCAUUGAGAGCUGAUUCAGCAAAUUGUGGUAAUUGGAAAGCACAUUCGUGAAUCUUUGCGUUGUAGUACUUGCAGUCAGGAACUUCUCUCAAUGGCUUACGAAGGUUGCGGCUACCAUCCUUUGAGCAAACAAUGAAACCAAUCUGACCAGAUGGGUAAGUUGGAAUGGUAGUGUAGGCGUAUUCUGCGGUAGCGAAGAGUUCUCUAGUGGCCAAUCUGAGUGACUUGAUGAGAGGAAGGUGCAACCAGAUACAUUCACCUUGUGUAGAAAUGUGACCACCGUCUCUGAGGGCGUUCUUGAGCAAUUCAAAGAAGGCUUUUUCGAAGAGAGCAGCAGCAGGACCUUCUGGGUCAGAAGAGUCUGUGAUGAUGACAUCAAAGUAGUUCUUCUUAUCUUGCAAGAACUUGAAACCAUCACCAAUGAAUACGGUUACCUUUUCAUGUUCUAAACCUUCAGCCAUCUUUGGUAAGUAUUGCUUUGAAACUCUUGGGACGGCUUCAUCGAUGUCACACAAGACAGCUUCCUUGACUUGUGGGUGCUUGAUAACUUCACGGAGGACACCACCGUCACCACCACCAAUGACGAGAACUCUUUCUGGGUUAGGGUGUGAUGCCAUAGGAAGGUGAGCGAUCAUUUCCUGAUAUGAAAAUUCGUCACGCUCUGUACAUUGGACAGCACCGUCGAGUACGAGAACGUUACCGUAAGACUCAGAUUCGAAGACCAAAACAUCCUGGUACUUUGACUUCUCUACGUGGAGGAUCUUGUUAACUUUGAGUGAGAGUGCUUGACCUGGCCAUUGAGGGGAGAUCUCGUGGAACCAGCCAUCUAUGGAGUAUGAGUAAGCGUAGACUAUAUUAAGUGUACCGACUGUUGUCAACUGCAGGGUGUGUUAAGGACAUCUUGGGUGUUGUAGUGAGAGGAGAGAUCACCGUAAAUUUCUUUAAAAAGAACCACCAUGUCGAGAAUAUUACAACCAUUUAGAUUUUUGCAUCGUAUGGCUCACGAACAGCCAGUCUACUUGUGGUCAUUUGGAAUUGGAUUGACUGGUCCACUUCUCGUCAUCGCAGUACCAGAGAUACGCUCAAAGUUCUUCGGAUGGAAACCAACUGAACGUCUACCAACUACCUACCCAGUCCCACAACGUGAAAGAAGGGCUGUAGAAGGUUUCGAAGACGCCUAAUGGUACUUCCUAUAGAAUAAAAUACUAUAAUUGUACUUUAAAAUUUAAAAAUAU